GGUAGUUCUCGAAUUCACGAAAUGUUGACGUUGAGCACCCUAACCUAACUUUUUACAUAAUUUGUUGUUUGUGUGUUAUUUGAACAAAGUUUUGUAACUAUUUUUGCCGGUAGUACAUUUCUGCAGCGACUUUUGGUUGCAACUUAUUUAAUUUUUCCAAAAAUCGAAAUUAUUUUUGACGCGAAAAUGUGAGGUUAAAACUGUGGUGUUUAUCGAAUAGUCUAGAGACGAUUUAGAUUAUCGAAAUGUCAAUUUUGGAGUUUUCUGACUCUGUUCGAGUUCGGGGAAGAUCUUCAUGGAAAAACGUCCACAACUGUAAACAAUGCCCCUAUUUUACAACGUCACUUUUCUCUAUGGUGCACCACGUGAAACGACACAGUUCAACCGUGGAAAAAUUCACAUGCUGUGAAGCCAAAAUCGAACUAUAUUAUUGCAAAGAUUGCGACUUUAAAACCGAACUAACGAUUCUGUUCAAACAACACAUUGAUAAACAUCACGGAAUUAAGAAAGAAUCAAGUCGGGAUUUUGUUGUCGAGAACUACGUUUGCGAAAAAUGCAACUUUGAAACAAAUCUGGUGUUAAAGUGGCUUCAGCAUUCUUCAGCGUGUACAGGAAAGGAAAAAAGUUGGUAUUACUGUGUGGAAUGUCCCUAUAAAGCCAAACUCGAAACCAAUUUAAAACGUCAUAUAGCACACAGUCAUUUGAAAAAGCGGUAUGCUUGUGACAAGUGUCCUUUUCAAAGUAGAUAUCACCGAAGUUUAAAAAUCCACAUGAGUCGGAUCCAUUUAGAUGAACAAGAGGGUGAAUGGUACCUGUGCACUGACUGUUCAUUCAAAACUCGGUAUAAACAAAAUUUAAAAGUGCACGUAACUGUGAAACACCCAAAUGGGGAUAAAAUUAAGUGGUAUGAAUGCAAACAAUGUCCACAUAAAACUAGAUAUAAACAAGCUUUAUUAAGCCACGUAAAUAAAAUCCAUGUAUUUACGCCAUCUAGCCAAGUUGGUGAGUGGUACAAGUGUGAAAAUUGUCCGUUUAAAACAAGGACAAAAAAUAACUUGAAAGUACACAUAGAGUGUUUACACUUGAACAAAGACGACACUAAAUGGUACGAAUGCAAUCAGUGUCAAUUCAAAACCAAGUAUAAAAAUUGUUUAAAGAGACACGUUAUUGUAAAACAUUUAGAUAAAGCAAAAAUUGAGUGGUACGAAUGCAAACUGUGUCCGUAUAAAAGUAAAUAUAAAGUAGGUUUAAGAAUCCACGUGACUAGUCUACAUUUAAAAGAUGCUAAAUGGUAUACGUGUGACAAAUGUCCAUUUAAAACCAGACUGAAACAAAGUUUUAAAGCCCACAUAAAUUUCUCACACGUGAAAGAAGAAAAUAUUAAAUUGUACGAAUGCAACGAGUGUCCACACAAAACUAGGUAUAAAUAUAAUUUACGGAAACACAUAGUUGCACAACAUCAAGACCCUAAAAGAAUUAAAUGGUACGCUUGUGGCAGUUGUCCAUUUAGAACUAAACGCCAGUCCAAUUUAAAAAAUCAUGUAGAAGCUAGACAUUCGGAUGAAACUAAACGCUACGAAUGCGACAAAUGUCCCUACAAAACUAGACUGAGUCGAAAUUUAAAAAGACACACAAUUCUUAUUCAUUCAGACAAUCCAGAAUGGUACGAAUGUGCCAAGUGCUCGUAUAAAACCAAAACAAAACACUCUUUAAAACUGCACGUACAGGCCCAUUUGGACGUCAAACCGUAUCAGUGCAAAUAUUGUCCGUAUGCGUCGAUACACAACGGUGAUUUAAAGCGCCAUAUGGAUUGUCGCCACAUAAAUCAGAUCCACUCAGACGAUGAAAGUGCUGAGUGGUACAAGUGCGGAAAGUGUCCUUUUCAAACUAGGGGGAAAUACGAUCUCAAACGACACAUUAACAAAGUGCAUGAAGAAGACGUCGAGUGGUACGAAUGUAAGGAGUGUCCAUACAAAACUAAAAACCGGUGGACUUUGAAACGUCACGUAAUUUCUAGACAUUUGGAGGAAGAACAAGUCACGUGGUACGAGUGCAGAUAUUGUUCGUAUAAGACGAAAUUCAGCAAUUGUUUAAAGUCUCAUGUAAAUGGAAGCCAUUUGGAUGAUGCGGAAGCUAAAUGGUAUAAAUGCGAACGUUGUUUGUACAAAUGUAAAAAUCGAUCUACUUUCUACAAACACAAAAGGAAAGGGCACGUGUAGAUUUUUGUUUUAAUUGUAGUCUUAAAAUAUUUGUGUUAGCAC